AUGCAACAGCCACCUAACGGACCACGCGCCAUUGGUAAGAAGUGGGUCUUCAAGAUCAAGCGUAAAGCGGAUGGAUCUAUAGAGAAGUACAAGGCACGACUUGUGGCCAAAGUAUUCCGCCAAAAGUACGGCAUCGACUACACGGAGACAUUUUCGCCUGUGAUCAAGUAUGUGACUCUGCGAAUGGUGGUCGCAAUUUCCAAGCCAUUUGGAUGGCCCAUCAACCAGCUUGAUGUGGUGACAGCUUUCCUGUAUGGCGUCAUGAAGGAACAAGUGUUCUGCGUGAUUCCUGAAGGCGUCGAACUUGACAUGUCAGGCUUCGACCCAUGUCUCUACAUCAAGACUUCGGAUGGCCAUUGCGUGUUUAUACUGGUCUACGUGGACGACGUCUUGAUGACUGGAAGCUCGCUCGAGCUGAUUGCACACACCAAGGAAGACCUGAAGACACGCUUCGAGAUGACUGAUAGCGGCAAGUGUGCAUUUGUUCUUGGAAUUGAGCUUUUGGACGGUGAAGAUGGCAGUGUGACACUAUGUCAGCGUCGGUAUGUCGAUGAUAUCCUCAAGCGCUUUGGCAUGGGUGAUUGCAAGGCUGUGUCAAGUCCAGUGGACAUGAGCUCUCGACUUAUUUCAAGUGAUGCAACUACCAAGGUCGAUGCUCCUUUUCGCAAAGCUGUCGGUGCGUUGAUGCACCUGACCACUGCAACGCGUCCGGACAUUGCGUUUGCUGUGGGCUAUGUGUCGCGGUUUAUGGAAAAUCCCCAAGAAGAACACUGGGUUGCAGUUAAGCGUAUCUUUCGCUACUGUGGCAAAGUCACUACUCAAAUUUUGCACGAGGAUCGGUGGCCACACCUUUAA